CCUCAGCCGCCCGCCAUGACGACCGCGUCCCCCUCGCAGGUGCGCCAGAACUACCACCAGGACUCGGAGGCCGCCAUCAACCGCCAGAUCAACCUGGAGCUCUACGCCUCCUACGUCUACCUAUCCAUGUCGUACUAUUUUGACCGCGAUGAUGUGGCUUUGAAGAACUUUGCCAAAUACUUUCUUCACCAAUCUUGUGAGGAGAGGGAGCAUGCUGAGAAACUGAUGAAGCUGCAGAACCAACGGGGUGGCCGAAUCUUCCUCCAGGAUAUCAAGAAACCAGACCGUGAUGACUGGGAGAAUGGGCUGAAUGCAAUGGAAUGUGCGCUACACUUGGAAAAAAGUGUGAAUCAGUCACUACUGGAACUGCACAAACUGGCCACUGAGAAAAAUGACCCCCAUUUGUGUGACUUCAUUGAGACUCAUUAUCUGAAUGAGCAGGUGAAAUCCAUUAAAGAAUUGGGUGACCGUAACCAACUUGCGCACGAUGGGGGCCCCCGAAUCUGGCAUGGCACUCUAUCUCUUUGACAAGCACACCCUGGG